UUAACAUUAAAUUAUUUAAUUAGUUAGAUUAUAAAUACAGCGAAAGACCUUUAUCUCCAUCUAAUCUAACACUUUUCCUUGCUUUUUAUCUCUUCAUCUUCUUUCUUCUACGGGUCGAAUCUUCAAGGAAAAUCAUCAUCAUCAUCAUCUCUUACAGACAACUUAUAAUAAUCUACAGAAAAUAGGCGGGGGAAACAUGGAUCCCAACCAUAACAACAAUUCUUAUCCACCAUAUCCCUAUCCUCCACCUCCUGCUGGUGCUGCCGGUGGUUAUCCUCCCACCGGGUAUCCUCCCCAGGGAGGAGGUGCUCCUCCAACUGCUUAUCCUCCUGCCCCAACUCACGGAGGGGAAGCUGAUGACAAAGGACUAUUUUCAACCCUUGCUGCCGGUGCUAUGGCUUCAGGAAUGGCUGGUGGUCAUCACGGACACCAUGGAGGAGGACAUUAUCCACCACCUCCAGGGGCGUAUCCAGGCUAUCCUCCUUAUGCUGGUGGUCAUGGAUAUCCACCAGCUGGGUAUCCUCCUCAAGGUGGUCAUGGCUAUCCACCAGCAGGUUACCCACCAGCAGGAGGUUAUCCUGGUCCAUAUGGACAUGCUCCAUCUCACGGAGGGCAUGGACCUAUGGGUGGCGGUGGCAUGGGUGGGAUGCUUGCUGGUGGUGCAGCAGCUGCUGCAGCUAUGUAUGGAGCUCACAAGCUAUCACAUGGACAUGGUGGUUAUGGUUAUGGGCACGGCGGUUACGGACACCAUGGGAAAUUCAAGCAUGGGAAGUUCAAGCAUGGAAAGCAUGGGAUGUUUGGCAAGCGUGGAAAGGGUGGGUUUUUUGGUGGAAAGAUGAAGAGGUGGAAGUAAUGAUAUUCUAAUACUGGCUAGUUCGUGCUCCAUCACUAUCCACUCUUUAUACUACUAGCUCAAGUAUUUGCACCUUGUUUUUUCAAUAUAUUAGUACCUACUAUGAUCUGGAGAAAUUACUGACUCGUGCUUGUGCCAUUAUGGCGGUCAGCUGCAUUAAUAUCUUAACAAGAGCAGUCUUUCUGUAAAUACGCUCGGAUGAUUUAUGCAUUUGGGUGAUUUUAGUUUGGAGUUAUAUAUAUAUAUAUUCCAAUCUCUUGGGUUUAUUGGCUA